AUCAACGCCUUUUGAUAUAAGGCGCCCUUCAAUUCCGAAUUCCUUUUCACCUUGCUUUUGCUUCUCCUCUUUCCUCCAAAUCGAGGUACUCAAACCAAACGAAUUCCGCCAUUUCUAGCAUUUCCGGAAUUUGAAUUCGACUAAAAUCUCUUGGGUGCUGGUCAUCCAUUACAUGCUUUGUAUUGGUAAUAUCCUCAGAUUGAUGAGGUUGUGGUAGAAGCUCUUUGAGAAGAGAAGAAUGCCUGGCAUACCUCUUGUGGCUCGGGAAACAAUGGUGCUUUCUUGUACGGAAGCUUUAAGCAGCCAAUCUAGAAAUGGAGAUCAGCCCUGCCGCCAAGAUUCUCAGGUGCAAUUAUCUGCUGAGGAGGAAAUUGCUGCUGAGGAGAGUUUAUCAGCAUAUUGCAAACCUGUAGAGCUUUAUAACAUUCUCCAACGCCGUGCUUUAGGAAAUCCAUUAUUUCUUCAACGGUGCUUGCAUUACAAAGUACAGGCAAGGCACCACAGAAGGAUACAAAUGGAAGUUUCUCUGUCAGGGACGUCGGGUGAUGGAUUGCAAAUGCGGAAUCUGUGUCCAAUGCAUAUCAUAUUGGCUAGAGUGCUAUCUGAUGCACCUCAGUUAAAGCACUCUGCAGUUUAUCGCUACACUAAGGCUCGACUGCUCAGGACUCCAAGCACAGGAGGAGGCAAUGUAGGACAAGUAAAUUUCAUUCUACCUGAGAUGAAUAAGCUACUGAGGGAAGCCAAAUCUGGAUCAUAUUUCAUCUUAUUUGUUAGUUAUGCAGGGGCAUUUACAUCGCAUGAAUUUGAUACAUCCAGGGAACAUUUGGAUAACAUAUCCCUUUCAACAAGUGUUCAAAAGUCCUGUUUAUGGGGAAAGAUAUCAAUGGAGUCACUCUUCUCAUCUUGGGAAAAGUUUCCAAACUUGAACCGUGGGGAGAGAGUUGAAAUGCUGACUACAAUCGACUUGCAUCCUUGUCUUUUGAAGUGUUGUUUCUUGGGUGAGGAGAAAUGUAUAUCAUUUCAGAUGCCUGAGAACUCUAGUCGCAUGAGCACUUUGCAGCAUACGCAAGUCAUAAUAUCUGCAGAAGAGCGAGGGGCAAAAGAAAAAUCACCCUAUUCUCCACAUACAUAUAACAAUGUUCCUGAAUCAUCUUCUUAUUUUCUGGGGUUGAGGACAGGCAAUAUAAUUUUCAACUACAGGUACUACCACAACAAGUUGCAGAGAACUGAAGUGACUGAAGAUUUCUCCUGUCCGUUCUGCUUGGUAAAAUGUGCAAGCUUCAAGGGCCUGAAAUCACACUUGCUCUCAUGUCAUGAUCUGUUCAACUUUGAGUUCUGGGUUACUCAGGAGUAUCAAGCUGUAAAUGUUUCUGUCAAAAUUGAUCCACAAAGAUUGGAGGUUGUUGCAGAUGGAGUUGAUCCGAAGCAGCUAAUAUUUUUCCUUUGCUUGAAAAGGCAAAUUAGAAGAAAAACAAAAUUGCUAGCAGAUAAGACAAAUUAUAUGCAACCGCUGACCUUAACAUCAGAUGUUGCUGCUGCAGCAAGUGAUCUUCUGAACAAGGCUGAUGAUGAUUAUUCCAGUAGAAUCGAAAGGGCUCGGAGUUCAAGUGUCAAUGAUUCCUUAAAUGCUGUCCCAGAUCCAGAUUGCAUCCAGUCUGUAUCAGGAAGCAGUCUAGCUCCCCCCACAUUGCUCCAGUUUGCUAAGUCGAGGAAGCUAUCUAUUGAACGCUCUGAUUUCAGAAAUCGUGCCUUAAUGGAGAAGAGACAUUUCUUUCACUCUCACAGAGCACAACCAAUGGCAUUGGAGCAAAUUUUUUCAGACCACGAUAGUGAGGAUGAAGUUGAUGAUGAUGUAGCUGAUUUAGAAGAUCGAAGGAUGUUGGAUGAUUUUGUGGAUGUUAGCAAAGAUGAAAAACAAAUUAUGAAUCUUUGGAACUCUUUUGUCAGGAAACAACGAAUUCUUGCUGAUGGUCACAUCCCUUGGGCUUGUGAAGCGUUUUCACGAUUGCAUGGGUAUAAUCUUGCCCAAGCUCCUGCUCUGAUUUGGUGUUGGAGAUUAUUCAUGAUUAAAUUGUGGAACCUUGGACUUCUUGACGCACGCACCAUGAACAAAUGUAGUUUAAUUCUAGAGCAAUGCCAACAACAGGAGACAACACCUGUGUGAAAGCUACACAGAAGAGAUAAGCCAUAUAUAAGAAAAAGGGGGCCAAUCUUGAGCUUUAAGAUCAAAAUUCGAUGUCUAUUGAGUUCUUGCUUUUGCAUUGUGUAGCGGCAUUUUUGAGCCUGUACACUCGUUUAGAAUUUUGUUGUCUACCUUUUAACAUGGAUGUUAUAAUCAUCAUUUAUGCGUCAGUUUUGGCUGAACCUUGUUCAUUUUGAGAACCACAACAGAGCGGAAAGAAUGUGCUCUAGCUUCUUUGGGCUAACUGACCAUGAUUUAUUUUUAACAAAAUCUACAUGUAAAUUUGGUUUUCAUUGUUUAAGAACACCGGAAAUAUAAUUGAAAGUUCGUACA